GUUCACCGUGGACUCCGAGGACAUGGAGCGCUAUCUGCACCAGCAGCUCUGCGGCGGCCGCGCUGCCCUCCGGCGCGCGGCCGCGGGCCGGGCCCCGGGCGGCGCCGCGCUGUUCGUCUCCUCGGACGCCGCACGGUGCGCAGCCUCGGCCGCCGCCCUCGCGGCGGCUGCGUGCCUCGGCCUCCUCGAGUGCCGGCUCCGGUCUGGGGCGGCGGCCGGCCCAGGAGAGUGGCCCUGUGAGUGUGCGGGGGCACGGCGCGGUGCCCCGGCCGUGCCUCCGCUCGCGGCAGCGGCCCGGCGGGGUCUCCCUCGGAGGGUCUCGUUUCGGGGCUUGUCGCGGCAGCCUGCCUGGCAGCGGCGGCCCGAGGGUGCUGGGGAACACCUGUUUCCACGCGUGCGCGGGUUCCCGCUCGCCCAAGGGGCGCCGCGGCGUGCAACCAAUUCGUGCGCUGCCUGGUAG